AUGGCCAAUGAGGGAGCAGCCGCCACGAGCGACCCGAGCACGAUCAGCGAGUCAGCGUUCGACUUGAGCCAAGAAUCCAGAAUCCCGUUGCCCAAGGGUAUCACCGUCAGGAAGGAGGCAACAACCAGUCAGACACAUGUCACCAACGAGGCAGCAGCCAUCAUCAACGACGCGAGCACGACCCAGCAGUUGGACGUAUGGGUAGACGAGGAUGACCGCGUCAUGCUGGUGCAAGAUGUAACCCGGACAGAUAACGUCAAGGACACUUGGGCUGGUGGAGAGCAUGGCGCGAUUUUGCUCGACGACGGUGACUAUCUCGACACCAACGACAUGACUUCAGAGGAAGUAGCUGCAUGGGCGACGCACAUGGAUUCUGAGAACGCAGCAUGCAUGAACUCUCCUUCGGAAGCCAGGCUCGCUGCAGUACGGGCAGAAGUGCUGCAAGCUCUGGCCGUGAUGACAUACGGGGCGCGUGAGUUCCUAGAAGAAUCUGUGUACGACCUGGAGUACGGACAGGAUAGCUUCGAUAUGCCCGAGCUGUUCCAAGCAUUCAAGAAGGAAGAGGCGAGGCGAAGCGGCAUGCUAGAAUCCCAUAUCCAAAUGCAUAGUUUCUAA